AGUCUGGCCAUGAAGAGGACUUCGCGUCGGAAGCGGGGUCCGCGCGCCGGGGCCGAGGCGGAGGAGGAGGAGGAGGAAGAGGAAGCGGCGGCUGCGGCGGCGGCGCCCCGGAGGUCCGGGAAGAAGACUAGCUCGAAGCCGCUCAGUGAAAUCUUCCAGGAGUUGGAGGCACAGGCCUCCAAAGACAGCCGCCGUUCCGAGGAGCCGCCGGCGGGCAAGGAGGCCUCUUCCGCCUUCGCGGAGUGGGACGCGAAGGCGGCCAAGAGGUCCUGCCCGCUGGGUGCCAGCGGGCUCCGCGGAGGCGAGGCCGCGCCGGAGCCCGAGGCCUCGGGGCCUUUGGAGAACUUCGUCGUGUUCCACUGCCUGGACUGCUUCGCCGUGCUCGGCGACUCUGUGCAUCUGUGCGGGGAGGAGACGCGCCUGCUGAGCAUCCUUGUCCUCAGCCGGAUCACACAUAAUGUCAUUUUGGAUAAGUCCUUACUGGUUGGCAUUGAAGGUGCUCUCCUGGGCAGUACCUACAACCCUUUAUUCUGCCAUUCUUGUGGGCUUUCUGUAGGCUUCAGACUUUAUUCUACAUAUGCAACACUUUCUGACUUGAAGGGUCUCUUCUGCCUUUUUAAGAACAGCAUUGUGUGCUACCUUUUAAAAACAAAAUCUAUAGUAAAUGCAUCUGAGAUGGAAUUUCCUACUAAGCAUCUAAAUGCUCAAAUUUCAAAGCUGAAAGAGAAGAUUAUGAUGAUGGACUCUAACUUAACAACAAUAAUUGAGGACCUGAAGACGGUUAUCCAUGGACCAUUGGAUGUAGAGCUAGAUUAACAUUUGAAUCAGAAACAAACCUUUAAGAGUAGGUUUAUCUUGUACUGUGAUCUCAGGAAGUAUCUAAUGAUGUCUGUGUACCCUCUCUAGACUUUGGUUGAUUUCUGACUGGCAAAUUCCUACCCCUAAGUUUUCCUUCUCUUCUGGUUAACCAGAUGUAUUGAUAAAUUGCAACUGGAAAGUAAAAGGAGGUAAGGAGAAAGCUUUGAAAAACCAGGAAUGUACAUCAAGAUUCAAGUUUCAUAAAGUAAUUCGUUUUUAAGAACAUUUUUUACCAAGUAAGCUUAUUGAGACUUUCCUUCAAUGUUGACCAUUUUGUGGUGCUUCAGAAUUCAGUUAUGUUAAAAAAAAGUUUUUUUUCAGCUUGUCAGUGUCAAUAUAGUACCUUUUAAAAAAAAAAGAAAAUAAUAUUUAUGACUAUAAAUUUAAAGGUUAUUAGUAAUUAUGGUGGGCUGUAUGUGCCUCAAACUCAAGAUUGUCUUCCAAAUGUGUCUCUUGUUUGAAGUAUCAAUUCAAAGUGAACAGGAUAUUAAUUUCAUUUUAAACCUGUACAAAGCAAUUGUUUAUAUAAAUAUUGCUGAAAUUUCAAUACACUGUAUUUUUGCAGCUUCUUGUUUGUCUUUCUUAUUUUUCUUACCUAUGA